AUGAAAAAUAAACUAAGAAAAAAUUAUACCGCAAUCAAAGCCGGUGAUCUUAUUUUGACGGAGCAACCUUUUGCAUUUAUAUUGUCUUCGAAAGAAAAGGGCAUAAGAUGUGAUAAUUGCCUUCAAAGAUGUAAGGUACUUAAGUGUUCGGGUUGUCAAUUUGUUCAUUAUUGUGGCAAAGUGUGUCAGAGAGAUGCCUGGAGUGAUCAUAAGUGGGAGUGUGCAAAUUUAAAAAGGGUUUCACCAAAGAUAAUUCCCGAUGGAGCUCGGAUGUUGGCCAAAAUUAUAAAUCGCAUACAACGCAGCGAUGGCGCUUCUUAUAAAGCAUUUUAUUCCGCAACUUCAUUUAGAAUGUGGAAAGAUUUAAUGUCACAUUACUCAGAUUUGAAGGCGGAUAAAAAGAGAAUGGACCAUUUUACGUCCCUGUGUGUAGUGCUAUUUGAAUUUCUCAAAGACCUGUCAUUACCAAAUACAGUUGAAUUGAUGGGAUUAUAUGGAAGAAUGAUAAUAAAUAGCUUCACAAUACUAGACAUGGACAUGAAUUCAAUCGGCACAGGUAUUUAUAUAGCGGCUUCCAUCAUAGACCACAGCUGUGACCCCAACGCCGUCGCCACGUUUGAUGGUAAAACAAUUAAUAUAAGAGCAAUAAAGGAUAUGCCGUAUUUGGAUUGGAAACAGAUAAGAAUAUCUUACAUAGAUCUAAUGAAGACACCAUACGAGAGGCAGAUGGAACUGCUCGAGAACUACUAUUUCCUGUGCCAGUGUGACAGGUGCAUGGAUGAAAAUCAUAUUAAAUAUGAGCAUGCAGCGAAAUGCCUUAACACAAAAUGUGAUAAUCCAAUAAACAUAAUUUGGAAGGAGAAUUUAUUAUUAGUUAAAAAUCCAGAACCUAAAGUUGAGAAUAAAGUAACAAACGGUGAAGAUCAUGUUGAAAAUGGUGUAAAUUGUGAGAAAAUAGAUGGGGAAUUGAAUGAUUUAGUCCGAUGUGAUGAAUGCGGGACCAAAUUCUCUGAGGAACGUAUCGAGAUGUUUGUGAAAAGUAUGGAGUUUAGUGAAGUACAUCUGUCUAAUAUGAAAGAAACUUCUGUGGCUUAUGUAGAUAUAUGUAAGUUCUGCUUAGAAAGGCAAGAAGGGGUUUUACACCCUUUGAAUGUGUUGUACGCACAGACGUUAGACAACGCCUUCGACGCACUGAUUCAAGUGCAAUUGUGGGAAAUGGCGUGUGUCUAUGCUGAGAAACUGUUACCGUGUUUUAGAUUUUACUAUGGAAACUAUCAUCCAUUGGUUGGAUUACUUCACAUGAAAUAUGGAAAAAUAUUGCUGUACAAAAUGGAUCUCAAAGGAGCGUUGCAUCAGUUCAAAUGUGCCAAGAAGAUUAUAAAAAUAACCCACGGUGAAAGACAUCCACUAUACAAGGAACAUUUACUGCCAGCUAUAGACCAAGCUAUCAUAGAAUCAGCU